AUGUCUAUCCUUAAAAGUCACCUAUCUGAUCCUAAUUUUACAAAUAAUUGUCUUGAGAAUGGAACAACAACAUCUAAAAGUCCUUUUAUUGAUCAUUCAGAACCAGUCACAUUAACAUGGAAUAAUAUUGAAGUAAAAACUUCAUCUCGACAUCUUCUUAAAAAAGUUAGUGGAGUUGCUUUACCUGGAGAAUGUAUUGCUCUUAUGGGUGCAAGUGGUGCUGGAAAAACAACACUUUUAAAUACAUUACUUGGAAGAAAUUCAGCAAAUUUAACAGUAUCAGGAGAAAUAUUAGUUAAUGGAAUUAAUGUUGAUAGAGGUAUUACUAAUAUUUCUUCAUAUGUACAACAAGAAGAUUUAUUUAUGGGUAGAUUAACAGUAUAUGAACAUUUAAUUAUUCAAUCAUACAUGAGAUUACCAUCAAAUAAUAGUUGUAGUCAAAGAAAACAACGUAUAAAAGAAAUUGUUGAUGAAUUAGAAUUAAAUGAUUGUCUACAUUCUAAAAUAGGUAGUGCAGGUUUAAAAAAAGGAAUAUCUGGAGGUCAAGCUAAAAGACUUGCCUUUGCUACUGAACUUUUAACAAAUCCUUCAUUAUUAUUUUGUGAUGAACCUACAACAGGAUUAGAUUCAUAUAUGGCUGCUCAGGUUGUCAGAACAUUACAUAGAAUAGCUUGUGAUACAAAUACAACAAUAAUUUGUACAAUUCAUCAACCAUCAUCAGAGAUAUUUGAAAGUUUUGAUAGAAUAAUUUUUCUUGCACUUGGAGAAAUUGCCUUUCAAGGACCACCAUCAGAUGCUAUAAAUUUUUUUCAAUAUCUUGGUUUUAAAUUUCCUAAUCAAUCAAAUCCUGCUGAUCUUUUUAUAAUGUAUUUAGCUAUUGAACCUGGUAAUGAAGAUGAAAGUAAAAAUCGUAUAAAUGAUAUAUGUAAAAAAUAUAAUAAAUCAAAAUAUAAUGAUUUAGUUAUGAAACGUAUUGAAUGGCAUAAAGAUAAUCCUCAUUCAACAGUAAAUAUGCCAAAACCUCCAUCAAUAUUUGUAAUAACAAUAGCAAUGAUAGUAAGAUAUUUUCUUGAUAAUUUACGAAAUAAUUCAAUAGUUUUUGUUAAACCAAUUCAAAAAUUUUCUGUUGGUUUAAUUCUUGGAAUAUUUUAUUUUCAAACAGUUCAUAAUCAAGAUGGUAUAGCAAAUUUAAAAGGUUUAUUUUAUUUUGUUAUUGCUGAGUCAAUUUUUCCAACAACUUUUAUGGUUAAUUCUGCUAUAUCCAAAGAAUAUCAUUUAGUUUCUAAAGAGUAUCAUGAUGGUAUUUAUCCAAUUAUGUCAUAUUAUAUAGCUAGAAUAUUAGCUUAUAUACUUUUUCCAUUAAUUGAUGGUUCUAUUAUGUGUACAAUAAUUUAUUUGUUAGUAGGACUUAAAUUUGAUAUUGUAGCUAUUUUUUCUUUAUAUUUUAUUUUAUUUAUGAUAACAUUUACUAGUAUCAGUUUUGGAAGUUUAAUAUCAGGAAUUUUUAUUGAAUAUCCUGUAAUUCAAUCAAUGUCAACACCAAUUCUUGUAUCAUUAUCUAUUUUUGCUGGUCUUUUUAUGAAUUUAACAUCACUUCCAAAUUAUAUAUCAUGGUUACAACAUAUUUCAUGGUUUAAAUAUGGAUAUGAAUCAUUUAUCAUAACACAAUUUAAUAAUUUAGAAAAUAUUCAAUGUACAAUACAAAAAGAUGGAGUUUUAGUUGAUACAGAAGUAUGUCUUAGAAAUGGAAAAGAAAUAAUUGAAAAUAUGGGAUUUAGGAGUGAUAACUUUUCUUUUAACAUGUUUAUUCUUUUUGUUAUUGGUAUAACACUUUUUCUUUUAGGAUAUAUAGCUUUUACAAUAAGAAUUAUUAGAGGAAGAUAA